AUGAACCCCCCGAUCGACCCGCCCGGCGGCGAGAUCGAGGAGGCGCCCCUCCCUCACUCGUCGUCAUCUGGGGCGGACGUCGAGUCGGGCCCCGGCGCUCCGCCGAAGGUUCCGCCCCCCGCGAAGGCGUGGACCAUGAUCAUCGGCGCGUUCGUGGUGCUCAUGUUCAUGCUCGCCUCCGUGCGCACCACCACCGCCAUGCGCCAGCGCGUGCGGGACUCCACGCUCGAGCAAAUUCCCAACGCGGACGGCAGCGCUGAGAAGGUGCCCGUCUUUGGCCCCGAGAUUCCCCGCAUACGCAGCAAGGGAACGCUGUGCAUCAAGCACCCGCACCACCUUCCCAUCGCCGCGGAGGUUCCCCCGCCCGAACCCGAGCCCCAGGAGGUCAACGCCGUCGCCUGGCGCAAGUUCGCCGACGCCCUCGCCGACGAAGCCGCCAUCGACGGAUCCAAGAUUGUCCUCCUCGGCGAUUCCAUCACCGAGGCGUGGCGAGGCACGCAGCUGGACAUCCGCCAGAAGCAGUACGACCGAGCGGGCGACAUCAUCCGCAAGACGCUCGGGGACAUGGACCCGAGAAUCCUCGCCAUCGCGGGCGACCAGACCAAGCACCUGAUGUGGCGGCUGGAACACGGCGGGUUCCCUUCGGAAAAGUCACCGCCAGACUACGUGACGCUGAUGAUCGGGACCAACGACGUGGGCGCGGCGGUGCGCACCAAGAACGGGGGAUGGCAGAACGGCAUGUGCGUGUCCGACGAUAACGUCGGGGACUCGCUCGACGCCGUGGACCCGACCGUGGCGGGCGUCAAGGCGAUCGUCGAGAAGAUUCGCAAGCUGGCGCCCAAGGCGAGGUUGGUGGUGCUGGGUCUGACGCCCCGCGGGGAGAAGCACGGGAAGGGCUGGAGCGAGCGGCGGAGCUACCUGCAGCCGUCGCUGUUCACCGCGGCGAUCGACGAGAUCAACCGCCGGGUGGAGGAGUACGUGGCGUCCGUGGAGGAGGUGAACAGGCGGCGGCCGACGAAGGGUCUGUUUGGCAAGCGACGGGGCGUGACGGUUUUCCAGCCGUGCGCUGAGGGGUUCCUGAAGAACGACGGGGGCGAGAUCCGAAAGGAUCUCAUGCGCGACGCGCUGCAUCCGUCGGGCCGCGGGCUGGACGUGCUGAUGCGGUGCAUCACGGACGGCAUGGACAAGGCGAACGUGGAGCACGAUCGUCUCGUGGCCGCCGGGGAGGAAGACGCGGGAGAAGACGCGGAGCAGCCGUGA